UUCACUGUGAUUAAUAAUAAACGGCCAUGAGUUAAAAGUUUGUUUUCGCUCUGUUUUUAUGUUUUCAUUUACCUUCUAAGCCAUCUCAAAAUCAACUAGUGUUAUCAACUCACUGCCUAUCAAAAUGGGCACCAGAACAAAUGAAUUUACCGGUGGAUUUAUUGCUGUUCACGUAGGAGCUGGUAAGCAUUCUGAAAAAAUGAAGGAUCAAUAUCAAGAUUGUUGUAGACAAGCAUGUGACAUGGGAAUUCAAACACUAAAAUCCUCUUAUAGUGCUUUAGAGGCUGUAACUAAAGCUGUAAUGGUUUUAGAAGAUUCCCCUUUAACUAAUGCUGGCUUUGGAUCAAAUCUUACCUAUGAAGGUACAGUAGAAUGUGAUGCCAGUGUAAUGGAUGGAUCAAAUUUACAGUACGGAUCAAUUGGUGCUGUCAGUGGUGUGAAAAAUCCAGUGCAAGUUGCCAGAGCCUUAUGUCAGUUUCAAACACAUAAUAAUAUUGGUCACGGUAGAAUCCCACCCAGUUUUUUAGUUGGGGAUGGAGCCCUAGCAUGGGCUAAGCAAAUGAAUAUAGAAGUCAUAAAACCAGACCAGUUAAUAACAGAAAAAGCUAAAAAAGUCUACAAUCACUACAAGAAAAAAGUUGAAAGUGAUGUUUCUGCAACUGGUUUGUCAUUCAGAAAAUUAGAUACCGUAGGUGCAGUCUGUGUUGAUGCCGCAGGAAAUAUAGCAUCUGCUUGUUCUAGUGGGGGGAUCAUUUUAAAAUUUCCAGGAAGAGUAGGACAGGCAGGAAUCUGGGGUAGUGGCUGUUGGGCGAGCAAUGGAGGUACUUCAAUAGGUACAAGCACUACUGGUUCUGGAGAGCAUCUUAUUCGAACACAUUUAGCGCAAACUAUCGCAAAUUCCGUAGUAGAUGCUGAUUGUCCUACUACCAAUUUGCAUGAUUCAAUGCAAAAAAACUUUAUUGAAUCAAGAUAUUUGCUAGGAAUCAAAGAAAAACUUGGAGGUUCAAUUGUCAUCAGAUACAAUGCCCAAGAUGAUUGUGGAGAUUUCUUAUGGACCCACUCAACUAAUAGUAUGAUAAUAGGUUAUAUGAAUGCUAAUAGUAAAGGUGCAAAGAGUUAUAUGAGUACAAUGCCAAACUCUGAUGUUGGAAAAAAAUGCAUAGUCGAAGGUAUAAUGUUUAAGUUACAUAAGAAAAGAAAGCGUACAAGUUAAUUUGUUAUAUAAAAA